UGAGGACAGGGGUGAACAUUUUCACAUCUCACAGACUAGUUUUUCUUCGUCCUAAACUCAUGAUGUUUGUCAGCUUGUUUUUCCUCUUCCUCCUCAUGGACGGGGCAUCCUCAAAGGAGAACUGCAGCUACCAAGAUGUUUUGAAUCACUUAAAUUUGAACUACAACAAUAAACUGUUCUACAUGACCCGGCCUGUUAUUAACUACACAACAGUCACAGAGGUGAACUUGGAUUUGCUGCUCUAUGCCAUUCUAGAGAUGAAAGAGAAGGAACAGCUAUUUGUGCCUUAUGUUUGGAUCACCAUGUGGUGGAAUAAUGAUUACAUUAGUUGGAAUCCUGAUGAGUUUUGCGGUAUUUCCUCUUUAUCUGUGCCAACUGAAAUCAUGUGGAAGCCAGAUCUGACCAUUGAGGAGACGAUAGAGAAAGACAGUGCCCCACCUAGUCCAUACGUCACCAUUACAAGUAGAGGGAAUGUUGAACUCACAAACGACCAGGUCUUGGUCAGCACCUGCAGGAUGCAGGUUUACAGAUUCCCUUUUGACACUCAGAGCUGCAACCUCACUUUCAAGUCUUUCAUACACUCCGACGAGGAAAUCAAGCUUGUCUACUAUGGCAACUCUUCAGCAGCCACAGAGGAGUCUCGUGAGUUGAUGCGGACCCAGUCUGAGUGGCUGUUCAUCAACAUAACCGUCACCAGCCAAACUAUCCAAUAUUACAGCUUUAACCAAACCUUGGUCAUUUACACUAUCAACAUGAAGAGAAGGUCGGCACUCUACAUUGUCAACUUUCUUCUUCCAAUUGUGUUCUUCCUGUGUCUGGACUUAGCCUCCUUCCUGAUCUCAGACAGCGGCGGUGAGAAGCUGAGCUUCAAGAUCACGGUGCUUCUCGCUGUAACUGUGAUGCAGCUCAUUCUCAAUGAUAUUCUGCCUUCCUCUUCAAACAGGAUUCCACUAAUAGCCACCUACUGCAUUGGGAUUUUUGCACUGAUGAUGCUCAGCCUCCUGGAGAGUGUUUUUGUGAUGUAUCUGACGGAGAAAGACAACGCACCACAGGACAAUGAGACAGAUGAAGACCUGAAGCUAAGUGAGGACAAACGAGACAAAACCAGACCUGAAAGAGAGGUGAAUAAACUGUCUCAUUCUACAUCUGGCUGUGAUGUGUCUCCUAUUAAGACGCCAUCUGAAAUGCUGCCGGUGGCAAAAGAGGUUAGAGAUGGCAAUAUCCAACAGAUGAAGGUAUCCCUGGCCAAUGAUGAGCUGAGCCAGCUGAUAAAAACUCUUACUUUACACCUUAGCAGCAGGAAGGAGGAAGCAAAACCUGGCUACUGGACCAGAGUGGCUAAAAGAAUCAACAAUGCCUUUUUCCUUUUCUAUUUCUCAGUUGCAAGUCUGUUUUUAAUCUAUAUGUUUUUCAAAUGGGUUCAGUAGUGCUAAAUAAUAAUAGUAACAAUUAUAUGUUUCUGCUUCUGGUUUAGUUUUGCUGCAUUGAGAAACAACAUGUAAUCACUUGUAGGCUAGCAUUUUUAAAGGAAUACUUCAACGAUUUACAUUUAGCUUUGUAUUACUAGAA